AUGGCAUUCUUUGGUUCGGGAUCAGCUGGGAACUCCGCGGUUUCGACGACGAUGGCCACAGAGAAGGACUUGGCCAAUGAUAUCGUGAUCAACAAUGCGGCAGAUGACUCUAUAUCCGACAUAGCAUUCUCGCCACAGCAGGACUUUAUGUUCAGCGUGAGUUCAUGGGAUAACAAGGUUCGUAUUUGGGAUGUACAGAAUGGGGUUCCACAGGGAAGGGCGCAAUACGAGCAUGGAGCGCCUGUGCUAUGUACAAGGUGGACGAGCGACGGCACCAAGGUGGUUUCCGGCGGAUGUGAUAACGUCGUCAAGGUGUACGACGUUACCAGCGGGCAGUCGCAGCAGCUGGGCACUCACGCCGCCCCGGUGAAGAGCAUGCGAUACCUGAAUUUCGGAUCCAGUGGCACAGAAGUACUGGUGACGGGUUCCUGGGACAAGACACUGAAAUACUGGGACUUGAGACAGCCGCAGGCGGUCUCCACGGUGGCGUUGCCGGAGCGGGUGUACACUAUGGACAGCAAACAGCAGCUGCUGGUCGUCGGAACAGCAGAGAGACACAUCGCCAUCAUCGACCUAACCAAUCCGACGGCUAUCUUCAAGACCACCCAGUCGCCCCUGAAGUGGCAGACAAGGGCGGUCGCGUGCUACAACGAGGGCGACGGCUACGCCGUCGGCUCCAUCGAGGGACGCUGCGCCAUCAGGUACGUGGACGACGAGCAGCAGAGAAAGUCCGGCUUCUCCUUCAAGUGCCACAGACAGACAAGCAGCAACCGCCCGGCAGGCACCCAGGCCCAGUCGCUGGUGUACGCCAUCAACAGCAUCGUGUUCCACCCGAUCUACGGCACCUUUGUCACCGCCGGAGGCGACGGCUCGUUCCACUUCUGGGACAAGAACCAGAGACACAGACUCAGAGGCUUCCCCUCGCUGCAGGCCUCCAUCUCCGUCUGCAACUUCAACAGACAGGGUUCAGUUCUCGCCUACGCGCUAAGCUACGACUGGCAUCAGGGCCACACGGCCAACAGACCGGACUAUCCGAACGUGAUCAGACUCCAUCCGACCACCGACGACGAAAUAAAAGAGAAGAAAAAGAGGUAG